AUGGAAUCAUCAAAGGCAUCUCAUUCUGAUAAGAAAUACCAGGAUAGUGAGCCUACCAUUGUUGUUGCUAAUCCUUUCAAUUCCGAUGAUGGGUACAGAUGGUGUAAAUAUGGGCAGAAGGUGGUUAAGGGCAAUGAAUAUCCACGAAGCUACUACAAAUGUACAUGUGUGGGUUGUAAUGUCAGAAAAUGGGUUGAGCAAUCUCCUGCCGGAGAAAUGCCUAAAAUUAAGUACGAAGGCAAACAUAAUCAUGAAAUGCCUAACAAGCUUGCAAAAGAAAUUAGUGAUUCGCAAUAUCUGGCCGGAAAUAUGAACAUUCUAAGUCAAUUGGAAACAAAAAGUGACUGUGAGGAGGAAGGUGUUGCAGAAACAAGAGAAGAGGUUUCUCAUUCUGAUAGGACAUACCAGGCUACUAUUGCUGUUGAUAAGCCUGCCAAUGAUGGCUACAAGUGGCGUAUAUAUGGGGAAGAAGAAAGUUAA